ACCCCUCAGGGGAAAUUAAGCGUCGAGUCAGACUCCACGGUAAUCGCGUUUAAAAGCGCGCUCACCUCGCCUGCCGCGCACACGCGGCUACCUGGGCUGGCCAGCGGCUGUGUGUGUGUGGGUGUGUGCGCGAGACAGGCGGUGUGUGAGCUAGUGUGUAUGCCAGCGAGUGAGCCGGUCUGCGCGCCGGCGUGCAAGCCGGGUGAAGUGUGAGCCGGCGUGCAAGCCGGUGGGGUGCGAGUCCGGAGCGUCUACACCAGCCAUGAGGGGCGCGAGCGCCUGGGCCCGGCUCUGCCUGCUGCUGGCUGCCGCCGCGCAGUUCUCAAUGCAGCAGUCCCCAGAGAGACCUGUUUUCACAUGUGGCGGCAUUCUUACCGGAGAGUCUGGAUUUAUUGGCAGUGAAGGUUUUCCUGGAGUGUACCCUCCAAAUAGCAAAUGCACUUGGAAAAUCACAGUUCCCGAAGGAAAGGUAGUUGUUCUUAAUUUCCGAUUCAUUGACCUGGAGAGUGACAACCUGUGCCGCUAUGACUUUGUGGAUGUGUACAGUGGCCACGCCAAUGGCCAGCGCAUUGGGCGUUUCUGCGGCACAUUCCGGCCUGGAGCUCUAGUGUCCAGUGGCAACAAGAUGAUGGUGCAAAUGAUUUCUGAUGCCAACACUGCUGGGACUGGCUUCAUGGCCAUGUUCUCUGCUGCUGAACCAAACACAAGAGGGGAUCAAUAUUGUGGAGGACGCCUUGAAAGACCUUCUGGCUCUUUUAAAACCCCUAACUGGCCAGACCGUGAUUACCCUGCAGGAGUCACUUGUGUGUGGCACAUCGUAGCCACAAAGAAUCAGCUUAUAGAAUUAAAGUUUGAGAAGUUUGAUGUUGAACGGGAUAACUACUGCCGUUAUGAUUAUGUGGCCGUGUUUAAUGGUGGAGAACUCAAUGACGCCAAAAGAAUUGGAAAGUAUUGUGGUGAUAGUCCACCUGCGCCAAUUGUAUCUGAGCGAAAUGAACUUCUCAUUCAAUUUUUAUCAGACUUAAGUUUAACUGCGGAUGGAUUUAUUGGUCACUACAAAUUCAGGCCAAAAAAAUUGCCUAUAACUACAAUACCACCUAUUACCACUACACCUCCUAUAACUACAGGUUUAAAACCCACAGUGGCCCUGUGUCAACAAAAGUGUAGACGGUCUGGGACUCUGGAGAGCAAUUAUUGUUCAAGCAAUUUUGUAUUGGCUGGCACUGUCAUCACGACCAUCACUCGAGGUGGGAGCUUGCAUGCCACAGUCUCAAUCAUCAACAUCUAUAAAGAGGGAAAUCUGGCCAUUCAGCAGGCGGGCAAGAACAUGAGCGCCAAGAUCACCGUGGUCUGUAAGCAGUGUCCUCUUCUCAGAAGAGGCUUAAAUUACAUUAUUAUGGGCCAAGUGGGUGAAGAUGGACAAGGUAAAAUCAUGCCAAACAGCUUUAUCAUGAUGUUCAAGACCAAGAAUCAGAAGCUCCUGGAUGCCUUGAAAAAUAAGCAAUGUUAACCGUGACUGUGUCAAGUUAAGCUGCAUUCUUGUCAUUGCCUUCAGAAGACACUUCUCUUAGUAGAAAAAAAAAUCUUAUAAAACCAAGGUCAGACAGAUUUAUUCUUCACAUGAUGUAGGUAUGAGACCUCAUAUUGCAGAUGGAAGUUCUAUGCCUGCACUAAGAGGAGCAGAAAUAGGAUUAUAAACCUGCAGGCUUAGUGCAGUGGCAGGAAACUUAAUGUAUCAAGCAUUGACAGCUUGGAAGCAGUUUAUUUAUACAUCUCUGUAAAAGGGUAUUUUAGAAAUGAAUUGUGUGAAGAUGUAAAAAAGAGAUUUUAUAAGUGCAAUAUUUAUAGUGAUACUUGAUUUACCUUUAAGCAUUUACACCAAGGUGUUACAUUCUUCUCUUGUAUUUUUUAAAUCAAUGCUUAAUAAAAUAUUUUUAUGUGA